GCAUGGGGCAGUUAUGAGCACAUCAUUUGGCUUAUAUCCAGAUGUGAAUUGUACAUUACUAAUUUACCCAGACUUUUGUUUUCUGAUCAUGCUUGUCCCAGUGACCAUUGUAAUACUGACAAUCACUUUUGUUAAUUUUGGCUGUGACCGCUGAUAACAGGAAAAAUGCAGCGGCGUAGACGCAUUAAUCCAUAUGAUGAUGCAAGGCUUCAUAUGGCUGCAAAAAGAGACAAAGUAGGACUUGAAAACAACUACAUCAGUGCUGUAAAAGGUCGUGGCAUCUUCACCUCCGUUCCCUUUAAAAAGGGAGACUUUCUGUUGGAAUACAGAGGUGAGCAGAUAUCUAAACAAGAAUGUGAGAGGAGACAGAGAACAUACCAUGAUCACCUUAAAGUGUUCAUGUUUGAGUUUUGUUUUGAUGGAAAACUGUGGUGUGUUGAUGCAGCAAAAAAGGAUGGAUUGUUUGGCAGACUUGUAAAUGACGACCAUAUAAACCCUAAUGCCAAGAUGAAGUACCUCGCUGUGCAAGGGAAGCCCCAUCUCUGAUUGUUCGCAGUUGGAG